AUGUCCAACUUCAGCUUUCAACUACGGAAGAAACGUGGUCCCAAGAAUGUAGAUAAAUCUUCCUACAAUUUCCCAACGCUUCCAAACGAGCUAUGGCUUCCCAUUCUCAUAGAGGCGAUGGAGCCCUCACUCAUCCUCGACCCUUAUUGCUUCGCGACAAACCUUGAGCACUUCCAUCAUGCAAUCACAAACCCCACUACCGCCCACGACAAGCUCGCAUGCAAGGUUGCCCACAGAAUGCGUCAAUCCCUAUCCCUCGUUUGCCGUCUCUUUCGAACCCUCGUGCAGUCUAUUCCCAAGAAGUCCACCGAGGAUUGGCUCUAUCAAGCUGAUAACGAACCUAUAGGAUACAUCGCCCCCAAGCUGCGGUGGACAGACGAGAGCAAUAAACAAUGCGCUCGGCUCGACCUCAGGCUAGCAUUUGAACACACACAUCGUCUAAUCGUGAAAUGCUCUAGGCCAGUACAGACAUACAGACUCUUUGUGUCGCGUAGCGUUGCCGAACGAGGAGUUACUGCGCAGUUCUAUUCGUUUGAGGAGCUACUACCCACCCACACGACCUUGAAAGUGUUGCAUAUGGAUCUAGAGUACUGUGCUCCUAGACUACAGGCGAGUGCUGGCUAUGAUCCGCUAUCCUCCAUGCUCGUCGAAGACCUCCUGGGAGGUCUCACAACGUUGAGCCUCGUGAUGAGUGCCAACGGGACGAGAGAGAUUCUCUAUCAACCCCUUCACCUUCUGCGACUCCGCGUUUUAUUCCUCAAGUUUCCAGUCUAUGGCGUAGAGGAGGACGGACUUCGAUUAUGGCGGUUCGAUUCGCUCAGUGUCCUUUCACUUCACACGAUGGAGAAGAAUCAUAAUGUGAAUCGAAUACCUAGGAUAUCCCCAGUGGUCGUUCAUUUCCUCCGCAGGCACGCUCAACAGAUCCACGGCUUACGACUACAACCAGGUCCUUGGGCAUUUCCUUAUAGAUCACCAAACAUCCUACCUUUUGAUGAAAGUGACCUCUGGGAUGCGUUCUCUACCUUGUCCAGUCUGAGUACCGACUUUCGAUACCUCCACGAACAUCUCGAAGCCACCUCCAAAGCAGACAAUGUGUCGAUUCGUCGCCUCAUUUCAAGACUGAAUACGAUUUCUCAAUGUGGAUCCUCAAUGGUCAGCUCGUUUGCGAAUGGUUUGCAAACAGCCCUGGACAUUGCAUCAAACUGCUUGGAGAGCGUGAUACUACGCAACGAGAAUGGCUCCCUCAUACUUGAUCCCAGGCUAUCCCCGAGGGAGUCAGAUAUAAUGGCUAUGAAUGCCCUUAGAGCUCAUUGCCAGCAGAGGCACAUCAAAUUGACGACUCUGAAUGAGCUCUAUUGA